AUGUAUUGGAUAGAAGAGAAGACUCCGAUGUCUCUGACACAGAGUCGAGUGUUUCCCGUCAGUUCUCUCGUCUCUAUCGACUGCGUACCCAUUAUUCUUUCGACCUCGCCGCGCCAUUCCACCAAAACAAACAAACGGCCGGCCUUUCCGACCUCUGCCUCUGCCUCUGCUUUAACUAGGUCUGCCCAACGCCACCUCAUUCCGUCCGAAGACGAGCAUGACAAGCCGAGUCAUGUCGCAGACGUAGCCAUUCAUCAACCCGACUUGAGUGGCCUUGGGAUAUCGACGUCAACUCAGGAUGAGAUGGAACAACAACAAGAUGCGAUGGUCGCUCUUUCAGGCGUAGACAGCAUCCAAGCCUUUGGCGCUGCCAUCGGCCUCGAACAAGAUGCUCUAGGCAAUCUGCUGGUCUCGAUGGCUAGCGACAACUCAAAGUCCAUUCUUGGGUACUCGACAACAGAGCUGUUCGCCCUGGAGAGUUUCCAUGAUUUGCUCGAGCCUUACGAGUCAAAGGCCUUUAUCGACCACAUGGCUGCUGCUCAUGAUCGCGCUAAUUAUUCAAGUACCCGCAAUGUCUUCGAGAUGAACAUCAAGGCACCGGAUGGCUCCGAUAACCGCUUCUCUUGCGUCGUGCACGCUGAUAUCACCAGACCUUCGCUGCUUCUUUGCGAGCUCGUGCCUCAACAUGGUGCCCGCUCGCCCUGUGCAUUGCCCCGUUACCGUCAACUCUCGCCCGCAAGACAAUUGAGACCGAAGUAUUACCGACAUCUGAGGAGGGAUAGUGCUACCAAUGCCAUGGCCAUUAUGGACAAAGCGCACUCUACUGUCUCAGUCGCGUCAACCAUAGAUGGCUUGUUGGAAUCCCUCGUCGCGUCCAUAAAGAAUGCAACAGGCCAUCAAGAUGUCUUCGUUCAUCGCUUUGACGAAGACCGGACCGGCCGACUAAUCGCGCAGAGCAAACAUGAAGAGAGCUAUCAAUAUUUUGCCAACAGCACCGGUCCAACAUCUUGCAGCAUGUCACAUGAUUGUCUGAGAAUGUUCCGCACUCUGGAGGUUCAAGUCCAUAGAGGUCAAGAGACGUCCUGCCUACUCGAUCGACCCGACAGUAUGCUCGAGCGUCCCCUGGAGAGCAAAUCGCUAUAUAUGAGAACCAUGCCUCAUUUCCAGGUUGCCGAUGCCGAUACCAAACUUGCUCGAUCUCGUGUGCUUGUACCUCUCAUGAUCUCAGGGAAAAUCUGGGGUGUUGUGACUGGAUACUCCUUUCUCGAAAACGAAGCCCCGCUCACUUUCCUCUGUCGCAAUUGGCACCAGAAAAUCAUAGGAACGGCGACAGAACCACAAGAAGCCUUCGCUUUAGUGGAGUAUCUGCAAUUGCGCCGACUCAAAAGGAACCUAAUGUCUUCUAAUUUCGCAGCCGACUUCCCCAAUCUGAGGUACAACCCUGGAUUUCGCUCUGUUGAGAAACUGUUACUCGUCCCCAUUUCUUCGGACGGUGAAGACUUUGUAGUCUACUUCCGUGAAGCGAUCUCAACCUCUUCACACCAGUCGGUCGAGACAUGGGAUGAGUCAGAGCCUCAGAUUGCAGCGAUUACCCAUACAGUCUAUGUUAGAUUUAGCGCCUUGUGGAAGGAAAAAGAGGAGGCAUUGCAACAAAGCCGCCUAUACAAGCUUCUACUUUCGAAUUCUAGCCACGAAUUUCGGACUCUUUUGAACGCAAUUUCGAACUAUCUCGAGUUUGCAGGAGAAGGCCAACUCGAAGCCAAGGAAAGCGAGGUUGUAACCUUGGCCAAGGCUACAUCACAGUCACUGUUGGGCGCAGUGACGAAGCUGUUGGAUUGUGUUGACAGGAACUUGCAGCCUUGAUUUGCUCACGGUUGUCAUGAUCCAUCUACAACAUACCAAACUACACUUCACAGCGUCAGA